AUGGCACCCAAGUCCGACGUGUCCCGCCUCAGUGGCACUGACCUUAUUCAUGCCGACGAAGCGUUCUCUGAUACAAAUGUGGCACCUUCUAUUUCCGUUAGCACCACUUUCAAACAGGCCGUAGAUGGUCCGUUGGCUGCAGCUUUGGACAUCACCCGUGAUGCAGAAAUGUUCCGUUCGCCCGAUAGCAAGCAUGUCUAUUCGCGGUACACCCAGCAAACAUAUUCGAGAGUGGAGGCGAUUCUGAGCAAAAUCAACCACGGCUACGCCAUAACCUAUAGCUCGGGCUUGUCUGCUGCUCAUGCCGCCUUCCUUCUGCUCAAGCCGAAGCGCGUCGCGAUCAGGAAUGGCUACCACGGCGUUCACGGCGUUCUUGAGAUCUAUAAGCGCGAACGAGACGUUGAAAUUAUCGACUUGGACGACGACUUCAGGCCAGGCGAUGUCUGUUGGCUUGAAACUCCAUUGAACCCUACUGGACAAGUCAGAGAUAUAAAGUACUACGCCGAUAAGAUACACGCCGUAGGCGGCAAACUAGGUAUCGACGCAACAUUCGGCCCUCCUCCGCUUUCCUAUCCUUUCAAAUGGGGUGCCGAUGUCGUGAUGCACAGCGGAACCAAAUACUUCGGUGGUCACUCAGACAUGCUUUGCGGGAUUCUCGUCGUAAAAACCAUCAAUGAAUGGGGCCAGCUUCUGGCCGACCGCACAAUGACGGGCACAAUGAUGGGCUCUCUCGAAUCGUGGCUCCUCCUCCGCUCCCUACGGACGCUCCAUCUUCGUGUUCCUCGACAGUCUUCCAACGCCACUGUUCUCGCACACUGGCUUCACAAGAUUGCCAAUACACCGGAAGGCAAGGAACACGACGGCGUUCCCGGAGGCAUGGUGCUUCAGGUCUGGCAUGACUCGUUGCAAGGCAGGGGCUCGAAGGGUGAUGGGAAGGGCGGCAGACCAGAGUUUGAGCCCAAAGAACAGAUGGAAGGAGGGUUUGCGCCUACAUUUGGGAUGAUGCUCACGAAACCAGAAUAUGCAGCUGCUCUACCAUUCGCUCUAGAAUUUUUCAUCCCUGCAACAAGCCUCGGAGGCGUAGAGUCACUAAUCGAGCAGCGUGCCCGGUCAGACCCGGGCGCAGAUCCUCGUCUUAUUCGUUUGAGCAUCGGAGUUGAAGACGUCGAGGACCUAAAAUCUGACCUCCGCCGGGCGUUCAAUGAGAUCAAGAAGGGCAAGGCGAAGUUGUGAAAUUCGUCGGCCGUCCGUUGCCGCGCCAGAUCAUAUAGACAAAGACCCCUCUCGGUCUUUUAUUACAUCGCCCCGAAAAUUUGCUUCAUGUGUCGUAGAUCUUGGUUUCUGUGGUCAUGAAUGUCUGUCAAUAGAAUGCACUUAGCCGCUGGGAGAGAUUUUGUUUAGAAUGCAAGGUGCCUCGUCCUAGAGUGCUAUUUUGAUAAUAAUUUGCGUUCCCGCAUUCCCUGCCAAAAUGGAAAUUUCCGCUUCUACCUCCUCUUCUCCCUAUAUAGCUCUAGGAAACCCCUCUUGUCCUCCCACCCCAUUGUCAUUCGCUUCAAUUUCCCAACCUGCGUCACCAACGCCGCGCACACUGCACUAAGAUGAUCCUGCGAGUCAGCCUCCCCACCACUGAUCACCUCGCUCACAAGGAAGGUGGGUGAACUCGGGCCUUCGGAGGGAGCAAGUAAACGGAUUGAAGGUGUGAUGGGUUUGAAUGAGGUCGAGAGAGAGAAUAUAUGUGGUAGGGGAUUGAACAUAUUUGGCGAUGGGAUGGAAUGGGUGGGCGUGGGGGAAAGGGACGUCGGAGGGUCAUAUCGAACACACAUAAUGAAAACCUUAUACUUCCUUGUAGGCACCGGCUGCCCGACAAAUACGUCUGCAAACCUCAGCAAGCCCCUGCCGUUACUCGUAGUACACUCCGGAAACACAACAAUGGGCCUGUUCACUCCACGUCUAAUCUCAUCUAAGCUCUUCGCCUUUAAUCCUUCGGUUCCCGAGGUAGAGCUAGCAACGUAAAAGGGUGGGAUGUGGCCCGUGGUUCUGAGCAUGGGUAGGAGUGAAACCUCACGGAAGCCUUGGACAGGAAGUCGGCUGACAGUUGGACGACUAGAUGGAGUCGAUAUCGCGGCAGACCCAGUUCCGGUGCGACGGCCUGGUGUGGUGUUGCUGACUGUCGGUUUUAUUGAUGACGUCUCGGAAGACUCGACCUGUGGUGUGACUGGAAGGACAAAGAUGGGGUCAAAUCGGAAAGCUAACCAAAGAACCUCUAUCCAAGAGACCCAGUUCGAAACAAUCACAUCUCCCGGCUUAGGUGCCCAUGCCUCUUGUUGUCCCGCAGUGCGUCGUUUCCUGGUCACAUGUUCUACGGGGAUCCACCAGACUCCGACAACAAGAAGGGUGAGUCGACUUAUGAAGGCGGUGAGGAUGUAUGUUACAGUUCUACGAAUAUGCGGUAUGGGGGCAAGGAUGAGGCAAAUGCCUUGGACGAACACGAGGUAAAGAAGUGCGAGGAACAGGACGAUCGCGGUUCUGAUGGCUCCGACAGCAUAUCCUAUCGGUUUCAAUAUUUUGACCAGUCUAUCCGACCCUAGUGGGGGUAUUGGUGUGAGGAAUGGCUGGAUGCCAGUCCCAGGAUC